UCAAGGUUGGGGCUCAUUAUGUUCCUCCGGUGCUGUUCACUUCUUAGCCCUCAGGAGCUGUCCCUUUAGGUUGACCAAGACAAAAUGUAACUUGUCACUUUAAAAGAAGCUCUGCCACCUUGAAAAAUGUGACUUUCUGAGACUAUCGCCCGCAUUUACUCAUCAGGCGUGUGGAGAAAUUUUCCUCGGAGCAAAGCAGAGAGGCGUGUGGUUUGAGGCAGUCUGCAUAGCCGUAAUAAACGUUUAUUUCUCUGAGGAUAGCUGCUAGAUGAGAACUCAUCAGCUCUUAUAACCAUCACGGGGACGCUGCUUGAUAACGAGACCAAGAGACACAUCUGCCGGGACCGUCGCCUGCCAUUUAUUUACCUCAGACGAGAUUAAUUCCGCGCAGCGACCUCCUUCCCCCACCCACCACCACCACCACCACAACCCCUCCAACACACACUCCCCGGCUUCCAGGCCCUUCCACCGCGGCCAGGGGCCGCAGCCCGGCUCCCCCUCAACGAGCUGGGCUCCGGCUGCCCGGCAAGGAGCCGUGCCGGGGGCCAUGCUGGGGCCGGCGCUGGGCGCCGAGGAGCCGGGGCUGGCGGAGGGCCGGGGCGCCGUGCCCGCCCUGCCCGCCCUGCUCUGGCCGCUGCUGGCCCUGGGGGCGGCGGCGGCGGCGCUGCUGGUCCGCAGGGGGCUGCGCCGAGGCCCAGCCACCGAGGAGGAGGAAGCGGAGGAGGAGGAGGUAGAGCCCAGGCAGCAGCGGGAGGAAGCGAGGAGCUCGGCGCAGGUUCCAGUGAAUGGGCAGCUUGUAACGUCAGCCAACAUCAGAGAGAAAAAGCUUCUCAAGCCUAAGAAGAAGAAGAAAGCCCAGUGUUCAGACAAGGAGGCGGUGAAAGAUCUGCUUUCUGUGGAAAAAGACAAGCUGCAAGAGGACGAAGGUGUCUGGCAGACCAAGAUCAGCAGCCGAGAAAAGAGACAUUUAAGGAAGGAAAGGCUGAAACAAAAAGACGCCAGCAGAGCAUCUCAGGGCAGCUCGGUGGCUGAGCCGGCCUUUGACUGGGAUGAGAAGGAAACGGGGUGGCCACUCACAGAGGACACUGGUGGCCGUGGAAAAGGUGCUCUCAUCACCAGGGCAGAGUGUGGGACUGUGCUAAAGGCCUCAGAAGCUACAAGAGAGGAAUCUGUGCUCUCCCAGUCAGAAGAGGAUGUGUUUUCCAAUGUAGGAACAUGGGAUAUUGCAGAAGUAAAAUCCUGUCCUGUGACCUUUGGGACAUUAAUAGAGCUGUCAAAGGAGUUAGAUGAUCCUUCAGUGAUUGACCUGGACUCUGACUGGAAGGCUCCCACAGAAGAGUGGGGAAACUGGACAGGAGAUGAGGAACAUCAGACAGGAGAUGAGAAAGAAAAGGAUUUGCCAAAAGGCAAAGAAGGCAUUAAUUUCUGUCUUUCUGGACUCAAAAGCAAAAUGCAGCGGAAGAAGAAGAAAAAUGAAGUGAAGGAAGCAAGGGGUGCAGCUGGACUGAUGCAUCCCCAGCAAGGUUUGGAGACAAGAGAGGAAGAAGGCCCAAGGGACUUGAUAUCUACGAAACAUAGCAGUGAUGCAGUCUGUGCUUCCUCCAGAAAAUCCGUGGACGUUCCCAAUAAUCCACACACUAACAAUGUACCCGGAAAAAAGGAGAGGAGGAAGAGGAAGAAGAUGAAAGAGACUUGAGGGAGCUUUGUAGCUGCCAGAGAGACAACCAAAUGGGGGCAGGCAUGCUGAUGAGCUGCAAGAAUUCUCCUUUCUGUGAUGCUGCGCUGAGCCCAAAGUGAAGAGAGGAUCUAGAAGACUUCCCAGUGAGGGGAAGAGGAGAAUGGGAACAGUGAGCAACAGAGUGGGAGUGUGUGAGAGAAAGGAGA